AUGGAAUCUCCUUUCACUCUCUUCGUAAUGGAUCUCAUUACAGACGUGGAUGAUGGCAUGUUGUACGAGUUCUUUCAUUAUCAUUUCUCAUCCUGCUGCAGUGGGAAUAUCGUUCUGCACAGCAGUGGAUACUCAAAGAGCUGUGGGUUUGUGAGUUUUGAAAGUGAGAGAGAUCAGAUACGUGCUUUGGCAGACCUACAGGGUGCUUCUGGACUUGGGAAGAAACCAUUAGGCCUCAGUCUGGCAAAAAUCAAACUCCUCCAGAUUCAUGGGAUGGGGGUCACCUGUAGUGUUACCUGCCAGAGCCGAUUUGACAAUAUGAGGAGAUGGAUUGAGGAUGCAAAGUGCCAGGCACUGGCUUUUGCACCUGACACUAAUAACAACUUGGAUGGUCAUUUUCCUCUUUGGCUGUUUGGCUGUUUUUUCCAGAGACUAUUUGUAAUGUGAACUCGUCAGAACACAAAACACAGUUCCACUGUUCUACUUUCCAUCUCAGAUGAGAACGAGCCCAGAGAAGUCGGCAGCGCUUCUGGACAUUGUUGAUGUAUGGCUUCUCCUUUGCAUAGUAAAGUCUUAACUUGCAUGGAUGCAGCGGCGAAGAGUGUUGACUGAUAAAACUUCAUCAGAGUUUUCCCAAGCCCACAUCAUGAUAUCCAUUAUAGAAAAAUGCUGGUUUUUAAGACAGUGACAUCUCUCACUCUGAUCACUGCACUAUUUGUCAAUAUGUCUAUAUUGUUUUUGUUCAUAGUGUGAAUAUUUGUUUUGUCUACACUGUAGCCUGUGUCUGAUUUUAUUUUAUUAUUGUGUUAUUGUAUUUUUGUAUGAGUAAGCACAUCGUGAGCAAUGUACAAU